CAUUGUGAUGCCAUCGCAGAUUUAACUUAUCUGUGGAUCAUUCGUGGAUCAGUUUGGUAGACGACACACAAGACACCAGACUGCACCGCACUUCUGAGCCAUGAGAGACAAGCUGGAGAUCCUUGCCCUGGUGCUGGGCUUCAUGGGCCUGUUUGGGACCAUCACCAUCACCUUCCUGCCCACGUGGAGAGUCUCUGCCUUCAUCGGCGCCAAUAUCGUUGUGAUGGAGGACCUCUGGGAGGGCCUGUGGAUGAACUGCUGGAUGCAAGUUAACGUCAGGCUGCAGUGCAAGGUGUACGAGUCCAUGCUGAUUCUCCCAUCGGAGCUGCAGGCGGCCCGGGCGCUCAUGUGCGUCUCCAUUUUCCUGGUUGUCAUCGCCUUGAUCAUCACGGGAUGUGGGACCCGGAGGUUCACCUGCUGCGGUGACAACGUCAGGUCAAAGAACGUCACCCUCGCCUUGGGGGGGUGCUUGUACCUGCUGUCCUUUUUGACCACCAUCAUCCCCGUCAGCUGGGUGGGCCUGACCGUCAUCAGCAACUUCUACAACCCGCUGGUGAUGGAGGGGCGCAAGCGGGAGCUGGGGAGCGCCCUCUUCAUCGGCUGGGCCACGAGUGGAAUCCUGCUAAUCACCGGGAUCAUCAUUCUGGUCAGUUACAGCAAACACCAAGCCAAGGACGAAGAUCCCUACUUCACUGGUGCACCUCUGAGGCCACUGCCGAACCCGUCAACAGGGGGGGGGUCCUACCUGAAGAGGACGCCAUCCGGCUCUCACAAGCAUCACCAAUACGUGUAAAUAACUGUGCUGCACGGCAAACUCCACCUUUACAUGUCUGUAACAAUCAAAAUGAGGGUUAAUGUAUAUGCUUUCAUAAUGUACACAUUUAAACGACUUAAAAUGCUGUAUGUACUUAAUUUGCACUAUAAUGAAGUUUCUCCCAAAACUGUUUUUGUAAGUGGAAGACUUUGUUCUAUUGGGGCUUUUGGUUCAUGGGUUGAUUCAAUUGUUGUUGUUUAUUACACUUUUUUAUUGUUAUUUUACAUUUCUAACUUUCACUUUCCACUGCUCAUUUGUUCUUGAUCAUUUUUGCUUUGGUCUGAAUGGACUGAGAUUAAUCAGCAGAUUUAAUAAAG